CGCGUCAUGUUAGCUGCUAGACGUUCGAAGUGACCUUGACUGUGAACUAAUUCCAUCCACUAAAGACAAUCCCCCCUUUUCCCCUCUAUUCUGGAUUCUCGACCAACGAGAAAAUUCUGGCCGUUCAAGAAACGUUCCCAUUCCUCCAUCUCUACCAAUUUCAACCGCCGAAAUACUGCUCCAAUAGCCGUUUCAGAAGCUCCUGCCCCUUCUCAACCUCCACAAAUGAUCCCGGAAUCGUCACAAAACCCUCCGACCAAGGCUAGUUUGAAGGCUUGGUGGAACCAUUUUACCUUCGCACAGAGAGUAAAGAAGGAAUCGGAGGGGAAAGACGAACCGGUGCAUACAGUCUUUGGGAAGCCACUGAAAGAGAGUUUACACUAUGCCAGCGUUCAAAUUUCUACGGCGAACGCUAACGGUGAACUCUACGUGUGGGGUUACAUACCAGUUGUGGUGGCGAAAUGGUGUGCAUUUUCAUUCCUCUUUCCUUUUCUGCUACGGUCUUUUUAUUGUCUGCUUUGAACCAGCGGUCUCUAUCUGAAGGAGAAUGCGACCGAGGUGGAAGGCGUCUUCCGGGUGAACGGCUCAAACAAGCGUAUGCGAGAACUCCAAGCACUGUUUGAGAAUCCUCCUCGAUACGGCAAGUCAUUGGAUUGGAAGCAGUCACCCUAUACGCCGCAUGACGUUGCUAGUGUUUUUCGGCGCUACCUCACCCAGAUGCCUGAGCCGGUGAUUCCAUACGAUCUGUACCAUGACUUCCGAGGGGCGAUGGCGAAGGAACCUUUUAAUCAAGAAGAAGUCAUAACAACAUAUAAACGAAUUAUCCGUGGGAUGCCUCGUCCUAACCAAUAUCUUCUACUAUAUGUCCUCGACCUCUUGUCAGUGUUCGCUCGGAAAUCCGACAAGAACCUAAUGACCGCCACGAACCUGGCGGUGAUCUUCAGACCUGGACUCAUAUCCCACCCUAAUCAUGAAUUGUCACCGAACGAACACGCACUUAGUCAACGAGUGCUGGAGUUCUUAAUCGCCCAACAAGAUUGGUUCAUGCUCGAUAUACCUCCUCCGCCCCAAGAUGAGUUUGGCCAGCCUCCAGUGUCAACAUCGGAAGCAGAUGAUGCAACGGUCUUUCCGAGCUCAGAUGAAGAGCAGUCGGUGGGCGGGGGUUGGAAACUAGUAGGGAGGGUCGGGCGGCGGAAAACGACGGUGGAGCGACGUGAAACACCAACGAAGGCAGAACACGACUUGACCCCAGUUAAUGAAGGCACAACUGAAGAGCCGGUUGAAGGGGCCGUUGGUGUAACACGAAGUCGGACAUUACCUUCUGGACGGAGAGGUGCCAAUUCGUCGGAUGCUGGGACUGCAGAUAGAGAGCCUCGGCUUUUGAAGAAACAGAAACGAGCAUCAUCUUCGCAACCCAGUCGGACGAAAGUAACCCCUGAAGCGUCCAGUGAAGUAUAGUUCUCUUUUGUCUCGCAUGGCUUUUCUCUUUCUCCACUCCUUUGCCUUCCAUAUUCUUGCGCAUACCCUUCUUCUUUGUUCUACCCACCUUCAGUUAUUCAUAUGAGAUUGCUCUCAAUCAAUCUAACUCUAACAGUAGUAUCAAGUAGUAGAUUCCAAUUCAGGGACUUUCUAAAUUUUAUCUGUUUCUUCAGUGGACAUACUCAAUGGACAAUAUAAUGAGAUGUAUGUACGAUAUGCAUGACUACUAAAAAUACUGUUAGAUUGUUCCAC